CGUAUGAACGGCCAUUCUUUGAAUAAGUGAGCUUCUGAGCUGCCUAAAACUCAUCUCUCAGUAACGAAACGAGACUGAAGUGACACCAGAUGCCUUGUUCCCUCUCUUCCAGAAGUCCCUCUGCUAUCUUCCCAUUGUGAGCAAUGUGACCCUGUGGGAGAGAGGCGCAUCUCAGACAAACGGAUCAGUUGCCUGUGGUCGGAAGACCGUUUUGAAGGAGUUGGCUGGGAACUACGGUAUGGAUAGUCUUCUGGAAAAAGUGGCCUACCUUAGCUAGCGAAGACAAGUGAGGGCUGCAUUGUCAGACAUUGUGCGCUUCCCAUACUUCACACAUCUCCUCCCCUCAAAUGCCGUCUAGCCCUCGUGGUGAAAAAACACCCUCGCCCUGCUCCAGGUUUGUGACUCACAUGAAGAAUUUUUCUGCAUCACAUAAAAUGGAUAGAUUAAAUUUUCUACCAUUUCCAGGAUGUGUAGAAGGGACUCAUAGUCCAAUGACAGGUAAAAGACCACUUUACACUCACCAGAACACAAUCCCCAAGUCUCCCAUGAGCACAGUUUCUUUGAAAGAAGAAAUUCAUGGAGAAGCCUGUUCUUCGCUGUCACCAUCCAGGGAAAUGGAUGAAGGCGAUUUGGUCUUUACUGCCAAAAAGGGAAUGCAGAAGCCACCUAGAGGGCCACCUAAGCAGGCCUGGACCAGCCCCCUUCUGGAAAAGCAAGCUGCAAAUAAACCUCUUGAGAGACCACACUCAGUGAAUACCAUUUCCUCAGAAGCUGCAGGUAGACACAUACCGUGUCAGAACCAUCCCUUGGGCAAACCCAAGGGAGAUUCUGGUCCUGUGUUGAGACCCUUCACCGCCAUCGGCCUCUGCAGAAGUACCAGCCAGAACUCCUUUUCCCCACAGAUCACUUAUAGGACUUCCGUGGAACCUGAGCAGCAGAAUCAAGCGGCAGCCUCGAGAUCCUGGACAAACACAGACUCCUUAAGCGUACGCGGAAGUGCAAUCGGAAGGGGCUUGGUUGCAGUAACACCAGAGAUGACCCCCAAACAUCCUCAUACCGCCAAAGAACAUAGGUCAGAGACCGCUCUCACCUUCCGUGGCCGUGCAGCCAAGGAGCCCCUGCCCAUGCUCGUGGGCUCUUCUACCCAUUUAUUUUCCAGGAAGUUAAUGAAGGUUUGCUCCUCAGCAGCCCCGCGCCCACCCCGGCGCUCCCUUACGGCUUGUUCACAGACUCUUUCGAGGCCGGUGGUGAAUGAUCACUUACACUGACUGCUGAGAAAGAAUUGUUCUGCCAGUGUGGCCCAUCUUCCAAUCAAUGCCUGCUCAGAACAACAGAGAGGGCCUCAGAUGGAUUGGUUUCCAUAGAACCAUUGUUAGGCUUUGUGAAGCAUUUUUGAACCUAAUAAAUAAUGUCAAAAGUC